AUGCCCGCCCACCACGUGCCUUCAGCGCUUCUGUGGACUCUGCACCACACAGGGCAGCUGGCCCUCAGAGGACGCGCGCACGCCACAACACAGAGGGCCGCGCGCGAAAUGCAGAGGCAGCACAAGCCGGCAACAAUGUUGCUGCCGGCACAGGUGCAGCAGGCGUGCCCAGGGGAUCAUUCCCAGCUGAAGGAAGGGGUGUUGCUCAGCAGCGGCCCACCAGAAGCAACGCCGCAGCCGCCGCCGCUGCGGCUGCCCCUUCUGCUGCGGCGGCAGAGCCUCGGCCCCUUGCCGACCUCUUGCAGCGCUUCAGGCCCGUAUUCCAGCAUCCGCGGACGGCGCAGUCUAGGCAGCCGCUUCGCCGCGGCGCAUCUCCGGCACAGAGUGUUGGUGGCGCCAGAAGAUCAAUCUCCACAGGAGGCAACCAGAGAGCAGCAGAGCCCAGAGGACGGCCAGGGCCCGUCAAAUCACAGGCCAGCCGGGUGGAGGGCUGGCAGCCGCCCGGCAUCCUUCACUGGAUCGGCGCUGCCGCCCAUGGCGCACAGCAUUGGCCAGCUUCCCAACGGCGCCGCUGCACGUGGCACGCCCUCGACAACUGCCGCAUGCGCGCAAGCGCGCCUCUCCCCAGAUCUGCAGGUGGCCACAUCUCCAGCGAGGAGGGGCCCUCAGCUGCGCUCCCAGCUGGGAGCCAAUAUCGGUGGCGACAAUGCAGCUCCAGGGGACGGCCACCCCGCACCUGCGCCGCACGAUGACCAUGCUCCACUGCGCGCGGCCAGGAGAUCGAAGAGGAGAUUGGCUGGUGGCGAUGCUACCGACAGCCAAGCGCCGGCGAGUAAGGCGCGCAGGGGACCGGUACAUGCCGGUGCAGUGGACAGCCUGCCUGCUGCAGAGGACGCUGCAGGCCCAAGUGGGAGGGCAGCUGCACCGCCAUUGGAUGCAGACAGCCCGGAUGACACGGCGCAGGAGGUGCGCUCGGCAGAAGCGGCCAGGCCGGAUGCGCCAACAGAGCCUGUAGAGGUGGCAGGGAAUCCCCAUUGUGCAGGCGGCCAACGCGCGCAUGCUCUGCGCCCGGCGGGCAGCACCAUGGCAGCAGAGGGGCAUGUCUUCGCAGUGGCCAACAGCAGUGCAGAGCGGCCAACGGCCAGCACCGGGACAUCCCGGCCCAGAGACAUUCCUCGGCCCCGCAGAGAGGACGGGAGGGAGAGUGAGCUGCAGUCGCGCCUGCAUGCCGAGCGGCACGGCCCGGCUGCGCCUGCCGCGGCGCAACCGGGGGCGGCUGCCGCCCCAGGGCCGCGCAGCGUGGAUCCCCGGUCCCUGCCAUUCCCGGUGCCGCUGCCGCGCCGCGGCCGCAGCCCGGCGGCUCCCGCAGCCAGCUCGGCCAUGUUUGGGAUCCCUGAGUGGCCCGCCCCACCGCCUGCCGCUGGUGCAAACGGGCACGCGCAGCGCAGCGCGCAGGUGGCCGCUGUGGCUUCCUCCGUCAGCGCUGCAGAGCGCGCCCGCGCAGGUCCCAGCCGGGCCGGCAGCAGCCAGCAGGAGGGCCGACAUAAUGAUGCGGCGGCUGCCGGUGAGGCGUCCCAAGGAGGCGGACCCACGGGAUAUGGAGUUGCUUCUCCCGACAGGGAUGGUGGCGGCAGGGCGGACAGCCUGCCGAGCAGCGCCGCAGCCAUCGUGGGCGAGGAUCGCGAGCCAGACACUGUCGGCCGGCCCGCAGCGCGCUUGUCACGCAGGAGGGGGGUUGACAGCGCGGUGGGCGCCAUUGUGGAAACGGGUGAUGGAGACGAGGGCGAUGGGGAGGAAGUGGAUGAAUCGGGGAUGUUUCAGCGUUCCUUCAGCGGCCACUACAACCGCGUUGGCUGCAAGGAGGUGGCGCUGAUGGGCUCGCACAGCCAGUAUGUGGUGUCAGGGUCGGACGACGGCCACAUCUUUGUGUGGCAACGCGGCACCGGCCAGCUGGUGAAUCUGCUGCGAAGCAGUGACACUGGUGUGUCAUGCGUGGCGCCGCACCCGCAUCUGCCCAUGCUUGCCUCCUGCGGUCAGGACCCCGUCGUCCGCCUGUGGUCGCCAGAGGCGGCGGAGAUGGCGAGCCUGGAGAAUGCAGAGGCGGUGAUGCGGCGGAACGCUGCCGAGCUGACGGAGCGCGCGGCCGCCGCGGCCGGGCCGCCGGCGCUGUGGCUCAACAUGAUCGCGCCCCCGGGGCUGGCCGCCGAGCUGGAGCAGCGGCCGCGGUCCCCCCGGGGCCACCAGGCCGACCGGGGGGACAAUCCCGUGCGUUGCAGCCUCAUGUAA